AGUUGUCCGCUUUUGUACUAAGUGGAUUUGCUCAUUACAUAUACGUUGUUAUGCGCUGCAUUUAAUUACGGCUAUGCUAACAUUCCAGCGGCUGGCCCUGAGAAGCCGUUGUUUGAAUAUCAACUGCGGAAUUGCGUUUGAAAACGGUGGUGCGCCUAACUGUAUGUCUCGUGUAUCGAAGUCAGUUGUAUUUGACGCGCUUUUCAUUUCUUUAGCCUACAUUUCCACUCCAACCAACACACAACACUUUUGAGAUAUGCAGUCGUGUUCGACUCCCGAUCGCCAUGGCUACAGCGUACGCUUCUCACCAUUCCAGCCAAAUCAUUUACUAUUGGCUACAAGUCAACUCUACGGUUUGGCCGGUGGUGGCACGUUGUUUCUCCUGGAGCUACCUGCAGCAGGUGGUAAGGGCUUGACGGAACUCGGACGCAUGGAGUGGACUGAUGGACUUUUCGAUGUGGCUUGGUGUCCAUAUGCAGAUAAUAUAGCGGCAACGGCUUCUGGCGAUGGCUCUCUACAAAUCUGGGGUGGCCUUGAUAAUGACAUAGCGGCAACAGACACAACAUUGAAAUCGCUCAAGCAACCGUUGAUUUGUUUGCAGGAACACAAAAAUGAGGUUUACAGCAUCAACUGGGGCGAACAGUGGAAUUGUCAUCAACUCCUAUCGGCCAGUUGGGAUGGUACCAUGAAAUUGUGGGAUUGCCAUCGUCAGAACUCGAUCGCCACCUAUACGGGACACAGUGACCUCAUCUAUUGCGCAAAGUUCUCACCGCUAAUUGCUAAUCUCUUCGCUAGCGUAAGUACAGAUGGUAACUUAAACUUAUGGAAUUCUGCUCUUGAAUUUUCAGGUAAACCCUUGAUGAGCAUCGAGGCAGCGCACAACGGUGAAGUACUCGCCUGUGACUGGAGCCAUUUUGAUCGGAACAUUUUGAUGACUGGUGGUUCGGAUGGUUUGGUGCGUGCUUGGGAUCUACGCAACAUGCGGCAUCACAUCUUUCAACUCUACUCCGGCGAGUUUGCGGUGCGACGGGUGGCUUUUUCCCCAACCACGGCAACGGUGGUAGCAACAGCAAAUUACGAUUUCACAACGAGAAUUUGGGAUUUCAAUCAGUCUUUGGAUGCUUUGGAAGUGAAUGUAAAUCACACGGAAUUCGUUUGCGGCUUGGAUUGGAAUGCUGGCGUGCCACAUCAGCUCGCGGACUGUGGUUGGGAUUCUGUCAUCAAUGUGUAUACGCCGAAAACCUUAAAGGAUAUGUUGGACUAGUUUACAGGAGAAUGUUGGACACGACAUUGCAUCAUCAUUCUAUAGAGGAGUGGUUCACAGUAAUGUCGAAUUAACGUAGUACGCUUUGUAAAUGCGCUGUGACUUAAUUGUUAGCUAUAAUGUAUAGAAAUUAAGGAGCUAAGCAGGUUUGAGGAAGCUGAACCAAAUUCAUGAUCUACAAACAUAUAAAAUAGAUCUAAAAAUGUAUGAAAGAGGUCCACGAGGAAUAAGUAGCUGAGCUAUCCUAAAUUUUCGCCAACUAAGUGUCUUGAAUGUGAUAAUAGAAAUUUACAAUAGGUACCUUGGAAAAAUUUUUAAAAACAAAAAAAAUUAACUCGUUUUAAUGUAUAAAUUUUAAUAAAACGUAUAAUGGAGAUAUGUCAUGGGCCUGGUAUUUUAAGUGCUGGUUUUGCACAAAAUAAUUUGUCAAGUUAAACAACGCUAAAAACAUCAGGUGUAAUCUUUUCGCUAUACUUUAACGAAUGACGAAACGAACAAAUAACUGGUAUAAAUCUAAAAUAAAAUAAAUUCGUGAUUGAUAAAAGAUUAAAGUUUCAACAAAGCGAGCAGAGAAGUUGCGAAUCAAAGGCCGUUAUUUAUAGGAUCUAUUGCAUUUAGUAAAACUUUACUCGAACAGAACCGGCAUUUUAAAUACAGGGUCUAAUGUCUCAUCUCACAUUAUGAUGAUGUAUGAUUUUGUAAAUCUUAAUGUACAUAAAAUGUUACUGGUUAUAUAAAAUACAAAUUAAAACGAUCGUGCCAUCACCGUAAUC